CCUCUGGGGGAGGGGGUUAACUGCCCGGAAGCGGAAGUCUCUUCCUUUUCCGUUCUGCUUGCUUUUUGCCGGUCGCGGUUCCAGCCUCGCUCUCCGCGCCUCGUCGCCAUGCCUCGCAAAAUUGAGGAAAUCAAGGAUUUUCUGCUGACGGCCAGACGAAAGGACGCCAAAUCUGUCAAGAUCAAGAAAAAUAAGGAUAAUGUGAAGUUCAAAGUUCGAUGCAGCAGAUACCUGUACACCUUGGUCAUCACAGACAAAGAGAAGGCAGAGAAGCUGAAGCAGUCCCUGCCCCCAGGUCUGGCCGUGAAGGAGCUGAAGUGAACCACGCAUGCUGAUUGGAACUGUAUUAAAAUUUUUAAAAUUCUCAA